AUGCGUUUCGCCUCUCGUCUUUUAACAAAUCAAUUAUUCGAAAGAUUUGGAAUUCAAAAUAUUCAAAAGCCAACAACAAUUUAUCUUAAACAUGUAAAAUGGGUAACUGGUCGAAGUCAAUUAGAAAAACAUUUUGAUCGUUAUGGGAAAAUUAAAGAUGUCAGCCUUUUCUUUGAUCCAAAGACUGGAUUACAUCGAGGAUUUGCUUCAAUUACUUUUGCUCAUUCGGAUUCUGUUGAGGGCGCACUUCGCGCUCGUCCUCAUUUUAUUGACGGAGCUGAGGUUUUAGUCGAAGACCGUCUUCCAAUGGAACGUCUGAAGCAUGACAAAUUUUCUACACAUGAAAUCCAAAAAGGUUUGCACGAACGACAGGGGCAUCAGAAUCGAAGAUAA